UACGAGCUCGUGAUGCGGAGAUGGUGUUCUGCUCGCGCGCUGCCUAGAAACGAGCGACUCAUUUAUCUAAUUACGAGACGCUUCCCGCUCCUGAUACCUCACUUUUCCCCUUUAAUUCGUGUGUUUUGUGACAUUAAACGGCACUAUAGAGGAUCUCGUGCUCUGAGAUUUCCUGGGACUUUAAUCGAAUAGACCCUGAGCGGAGGAGUAGAAGGACAAGCACCUGUAUUAAAGGAACACAUCAGGAUCUGUUGGAUUCAGUGCUGUGUGGAGCUUUAGUUCUCGUGGUUGGUUUGGAGAGGUUGUGGAGCCGGUUUAAAGACUGCGAUGCAUCGCUUAAGGACUUGCGCUGCACGGUUAGGGCCGCUCACAGCCUCUUGGAAUGCUACAAGUUUCUCACAACAGAGGACAGCGGUUACGCCUGGGGCCCUAAGGACGUUUCAGCCCUUUAGGUGCUAUGCGGCCCCUCUCACCGCUGAGCCUUUUCUCAAUGGGACAAGCUCUAACUAUGUGGAAGAGAUGUACUACGCAUGGCUGGAGAACCCAAAGAGUGUGCACAAGUCUUGGGACAUCUUCUUCCGAAACGCCAAUGCAGGCGCUCCCCCUGGCUCUGCCUACCAAAGUCCACCUCCAGUGGGGGUGAGUCUCUCAGGACUGUCUCAGGCCCAGGCACUGGUUGGAGCUCAGCCGAAUGUGGAAAAACUAGUGGAAGACCACCUUGCUGUGCAGUCCCUCAUCCGUGCCUACCAGAUCCGGGGGCAUCAUGUUGCACAGCUGGAUCCUCUGGGAAUUAUGGAUGCAGAUCUUGAUUCGUGCGUCCCGGGAGAUAUAAUCACAUCCUCUGAUAAACUUGGAUUCUAUGGACUGGAAGAAGCGGAUCUGGAUAAAGUCUUCCGGCUUCCUACAACAACCUUCAUUGGGGGAAGUGAAAGUGCCCUUACUCUCAGGGAAAUAAUCAGGCGCUUAGAGAUGGCCUACUGUCAGCACAUCGGGGUGGAGUUCAUGUUCAUCAAUGACCUGGAGCAGUGCCAGUGGAUCAGACAGAAGUUUGAGAAGCCGGGAGUGAUGCAGUUUACACUGGACGAGAAAAGGACACUACUGGCCCGUAUGGUCCGCUCAACAAGGUUUGAGGAGUUCUUGCAGAGGAAGUGGUCUUCAGAGAAACGUUUUGGCCUAGAAGGGUGCGAGGCUCUCAUUCCUGCACUCAAAACCAUCAUCGACAAAUCUAGUGAGAACGGAGUGGAGAGUGUUAUCAUGGGAAUGCCACACAGAGGCCGUCUGAAUGUGCUUGCUAAUGUGAUCCGUAAGGAGCUGGAGCAGAUCUUCUGCCAGUUUGAUUCAAAGCUGGAAGCUGCAGAUGAGGGCUCAGGUGAUGUGAAGUAUCAUCUGGGUAUGUACCACAGACGCAUCAACCGGGUCACUGAUCGCCACAUCACUCUGUCUCUAAUGGCCAACCCUUCACACCUAGAGGCAGUGGACCCUGUAGUGCAGGGCAAGACCAAAGCAGAGCAGUUCUACUGCGGUGACUCUGACGGCAAGAGGGUGAUGUCCAUCUUAUUGCAUGGAGAUGCAGCCUUCGCAGGUCAGGGUAUCGUCUAUGAGACCUUCCACCUGAGUGACCUACCGUCUUACACCACACAUGGCACUAUUCACGUGGUGGUAAACAACCAGAUUGGCUUUACUACUGACCCUCGGAUGGCGCGCUCCUCGCCGUAUCCCACGGACGUGGCCAGAGUGGUCAACGCGCCCAUCUUCCACGUUAACGCAGACGACCCUGAGGCUGUGAUGUAUGUGUGUAAUGUAGCUGCAGAAUGGAGAGCCACCUUUCAUAAAGAUGUGGUGGUUGAUCUGGUGAGCUACAGACGGAACGGCCACAACGAGAUGGAUGAGCCAAUGUUUACACAACCGCUAAUGUACAAACAGAUAAAAAAACAGAAACCUGUUCUGCAGAAAUAUGCUGAAAAGCUCAUUGCCGAAGGAGCUGUAAAUAGACAGGAAUAUGAGGAGGAAGUUGCCAAGUAUGACAAAAUCUGUGAGGAGGCGUACAAUCGUUCUAAAGAUGAGAAGAUCUUGCAUAUAAAGCACUGGCUUGACUCACCUUGGCCAGAUUUCUUCACCCUGGACGGUCAACCCAAGAGUAUGAGCUGUCCAUCCACUGGUCUUAAUGAAGAAAUGCUUAGUCACAUUGGUCAGGUGGCUUCCUCUGUGCCUGUGGAGGAUUUCACUAUCCAUGGAGGUCUUACCCGUAUCCUGAAGGGCAGGGCUACGAUGGUGCAGAACCGCUCAGUGGACUGGGCUUUGGGAGAAUACAUGGCCUUAGGUUCUCUUCUAAAGGAAGGCAUUCAUGUGCGUCUCAGUGGUCAGGAUGUGGAGAGAGGGACCUUCAGUCAUCGGCACCAUGUGCUACAUGAUCAGAAUGUUGACAAACGGACUUGCAUUCCCAUGAACUACAUUGACCCGAACCAAGCUCCAUAUACAGUGUGCAACAGCUCCCUGUCAGAAUACGGGGUUCUUGGUUUUGAGCUUGGCUUUGCCAUGGCGAGUCCUAAUGCUCUAGUGCUCUGGGAGGCUCAGUUUGGAGACUUUCAUAACACAGCUCAGUGCAUCAUCGACCAGUUCAUCUCCCCCGGCCAGGCCAAGUGGGUCCGACAGAACGGGAUCGUGCUGCUGCUGCCUCAUGGCAUGGAGGGCAUGGGACCAGAGCACUCCUCCGCCCGUCCGGAGAGAUUCCUGCAGAUGUGCAAUGACGACCCUGACAUUUUCCCGAAAAUCACAGAGGACUUUGCCGUCCGGCAGCUUUAUGACUGUAACUGGAUUGUGGUGAACUGCUCCACUCCUGCAAAUUACUUCCAUGUUCUCCGGAGGCAGAUCCUUCUGCCCUUCAGAAAGCCUCUCAUUAUCUUCACGCCUAAAUCACUGCUACGGCACCCAGAGGCCAAGUCAGGAUUUGACGACAUGUUACCAGGCACACACUUCAGACGUCUCAUUCCUGAAGAAGGAAGUGCAUCACAGAAUUCAGCUGGAGUGAAGCGUCUCAUCUUCUGCACAGGAAAAGUUUAUUAUGACCUUACCAAAGAACGAAAGACCAGAGGCCUGGAGGACACAGUGGCCAUCAGCCGCAUUGAGCAGCUUUCUCCAUUCCCAUUUGACCUGGUUAAAGCUGAGGCAGAGAAGUAUCCGCAGGCUCAGCUGCUGUGGUGCCAGGAAGAGCACAAGAAUCAAGGCUACUACGACUAUGUCAAGCCACGCAUCAGCAGAACCUUCAACAACACCCGUCCCGUUUGGUACGCCGGCCGAGAGCCUGCAGCUGCCCCAGCCACAGGUAACAAGAAAGCUCACCUUGUGGAGCUGGAGCGGUUCUUGGACACAGCCUUCAACCCGGAUGCUUUCCAGGACCAGUCCUAAACACCUCGCACCAUCCUCUCUCUUCAUUACCAUCCCUCCGUCCCUUGUUUUUCAAGAAACUCACACCCCGCUGUUAGCAUUUAAAGGCAGGCUGGCAGCUAGGAAUCUCCUGACCAAAGCACAGUACAGUAGGUAUGAGAGGCCUAUCUAUGCAGGUUUUAUGAAAGGAUGCAAGCUUUAAGCAAUGUCUUGGUAAUGGGAUCAGUUUGCAUGCAUGUGUCUCGGAGGCAUGUUGAUGAUUAAAGUUAUAUUGGCCUUAAAGCAACAUGCAGCUUAAACUAGAGGUUUCCCCUCAAUAAUACAAAUGUCUUUAAUUUUGAAUAUGCACAAAACAGCGCAGGAACAUUUUUGCACUGUCCAUUACUUGAGUUGGCACGGACAUUUUAGAAAUGAGACACUGAAAAGUCAAAUUAGCAGGAGGGCUUUAAAGGGCAUGCAUGGAACCCUAUGCAUUUUUAAAUUAUUGCGACAAAGGAUCAAGUUAGCUUGCCUGUGUUUAACAGUUUUAUAAUAUAGCAGGAAAUGUAAAGACACCCUAUCUUUCUCCCUCAUCCUCUUUAUCUCUCCCAUUCACCCUCUAAACACUCAGUGCCAAAUUAUAAUGAACUUCAGUAGGUGGAUUCAAGGACUGAAAGCUGAAACAAUCAUUUUAUCUUCGUUAUUUAAAAAAGCAAUAAGCUGAGAUUAAGCAACAAGCAAAAAGACUCUCUUCAGGAUAUAAAAUAAAGGAUUUAUUUAUUUUCUUAUGUUUAUUUCAGACUACUGUUAUAAUACUUCAUCUCAAUUUCAAUCUGUUUGCAUGAACUUACAAAUGAAGGCAGAAAACUACACAUUUAACAUGAGCAGUUUAUUUUGCAUUAAUAAAGACAUGUCUUGUGCACUUUA